AUGUUGGGGUGCGUUGUUAAAAUCUUGGUGAAAUGUUGCUCGGCCGUUGGAUGUGCUUCGCGCUGUUUUGCUAAAUCCAAGUUAAAAGGGCUGACAUUUCAAAUGUGUAAGACUUUGCAGUACUCAAGCCAAGAGCAUAGCUACAGUGUUAUGGACAGUCCAAAGAAAUUUAUGCAUAAAUUAGAGUCUGUGAAUCAAGCUAGGAAUACCAAGGAAAGGCUACAGAAUGUUUUGGACCAAGAAAUACAUUUUCAGAAAUCCUUGAGGAAGAUAACCAGGGAAGUAAAGAACGAAUGUCUGAUCAGCCAAGAAACUGCCAGAAGACUGGAUGCUUCCUGUUGGGAAUGCCACCGUGAAAAAGCAGGAGGAGCCUGCAGUUUGCAAAGUAAUUUAUUGUAUGUCCCAUCUGCCACUGAUACUGAUAAUACUUCUCAGAAGAUUCUCACGCACCGAUACAAAAUCCCAUCAUCAAUGACAUCACUGCCAGCAAUAGGCAAGCCAAAAACUAGUUGAAGAUGUGUUGUGGUUGUGCGUUUGUGUGACCAAUGACAAUUAUAUUUUCCCAGACCUAAACUGGUGCUGGAAGGUAGUUGAAUCUUUAAAAAGCAAAUGUAUCAAGUUGGCCAUAUUAAGUUACAGCAAUUAAAAGAACAUCAGAUUUCUAACUUUGACUACACUUAACUUGUGUACACUUUAUAGUAAAUUGUGAUUUUAAUUUUAUAUUUUACUGUGAAGUAGAAUUCGUUUACAACACACAUUCAUCUCGCAUCCACCCCAAUCCACUGUAGUUAUUAGUCAUGCAACAGAGUAUUUUUUUUAACAAAGUACUCGAGACCCUGAGAGUAAGAUUUUAGCACAGUGCCUCCCCACAAGGACUAUCUGAUGCAAACCAGCCUCAAACACCAAAGGACAUGAUUUCAGGAGAGUCGUUUUGGUACUUUGAAGAGCUGUUUUCAGCUCUUCAAACCCUUAGCGCUGGUACCAGCUGAAGACCCGCAAUGCUGUUUUGUGGUUUCUACAAGGUAACAUUGCUGACCCCUUUAACAACCGUAAAGCAUAGGGAAAGCUAUUUAAGAUGUGCAGUCCUUGCAGUGGGAAUAGAAACAAUUGAUGGCCGGCUAGUGGCAGUUUAGAGAAGUGGGCAUGCAAAAGAGCUAUCUUGGGAUUUCUUCUGAAAUACAAAAAAAGAGUUUCAGCUAUUUACUGAUUAAGCCAAAUGUCGGAAGUUUUGCUUCUCCUGACUUCUUACAAAAAAAUAAAAUUAAGAGUCAUAAAUAUUGUACAUUAGAAUAAAAUGUAUUGACCAGAGUCUCACCUCAUAUAUAGCACAGGUCUUUAAAGGAACC